CGGAAUUGCUGCUACUCCGCGGCAAGGACCAAUUAACAUCAAACAAGAAGAAGAAGAUGCUUUUCCGCCAAGAUGUGAACGGUCCCUUAAACUUUGGUCGAGCAUCAGUAUGAAAAGCGCCUUAAAUUGUAUAUGCACCAUAAAUGCAGUUAUUAUAAUUGAAGCAUGUUUAUGUAUAAUUUAGAAAUAAUAAAUUAUCUAGUUAACCAAUUUUGUAUUGUGUAACGCCGCUAGUAUCGUUCAUAAUUUUUCACAGUACAAAAUAGAGACUAGCAAUUGCUAGAAUGAACGGAACUUUAAAGGGACUUCUGCGAUUAUAUCCAAUAGCACGCAAUUGGACAGUGUUAUCGAAUUAUAUAGUACCGUUACAAACGAUACAAAAAGUAUCACGAGUUUAUAGUACCAGUUUGACAGAUUAUACACAACUGGAGGAUUGUAUAUCACCAGUAGAAAAAAAUUAUGUAUUCAAUGAUGUCAAAUCAUAUAAAUCUAUGGAAAUAUUGGAGAAAGUAACAAAAAAUUAUACAAAUAUGACUGUACACAAUGCUGUUGACAUAAUGUUUACAUUAUUUAGAGCUUCUAAAAACACGGAUGAAGAUUUGCAAAAUAUUAAGCAGCAUAUAGGUUUUAUACACCUGUGCGAAAUAUUAAAUACAAAUAUUAGACUUUUGCAAAUCACUGAAAUUAUUAAUAGUCUGAGAAUGUUGACAUAUUUUAAGAUUCCAGCUAACUGUGUUUUAACUCAGUCAUUAUUGCAAAUGAUUCGUGCAAAUGUAAAUGACAUAUCGCUUCAGGAUAUAAUUAGUACAGUUGUGAUACUGAAGAAAAUGGAUAGUACACCAUUGAGAGAUGCUUUAUCGAUAGCACUACCUGUUGUUUUUGAGGCGCAGUUACCUACAAAAUUGGAUCCAGAUAAUAUUACUAUGCUGACACAAUCUUUAAGACUUAUAAGUGAAAAUAAUAUUAAUAAUCCAAAAAUACAAAAUAUAAUACUGAAGUCAUUACAAAAAUUUGAAAAGGACCUAAAUGUACUAACAGCUUGGUCUAUAUUUUGUAGCUUAUGUUCUGCCUCUCAUCCAUCUCCGAUGGCUUUUGAAUUGUUAUUUAACAUUCAGAAGAUUUUAAUAAGUGAUGCAAAACAAUUAAGUAUUCAAGAGAUAAAAAUGGCGCUACAUAAAUUAGUGCUGGUCACUGUAAGGAACAAAGAAUAUGGAUGCAAGUUUUACAAUGAAGCACUGGUGGAUGCUUUUGUCAAUUCAGCAUUAUCUGCAGAAAUUUCUUUUGACAAUAGUAUCUAUCUGCUGAAAUAUUUGAAUGAGCUAAAUUAUGCUCAUAUACCCUUUCUAGAAUAUUUAGCAGCGAAAUGUUUCGAACAGCCAAAUUUAUUAAAAGACGGGUCAUAUUUUAGAGUAUCUAUUUUCUUAGAAGGAUUAAUUAAUGCUGAUUACAAACCAGUAUUUUGGGAUAUUAUACGAGAUGCAAUAUUGGCGAAUAAAGUGGAGAACAAAAUUUUUAACAAAUCUAUGAUUAAAUUUGCUCUACAUUUGAUUGCAUUAGAUUGUUAUAGCCCAAGUUUAAUCAGCAAAGUCUUUUCUCAGAUUAUAAAACCUAAUGAUCCAAUGAAGAAUAUUCAUGCGAGAGAGUUAUUACUUUUGUACCAGAGUGUUAAGACGCUGUAUCCUAUGUAUAAUGGACCAUGGCCAUCGCAAGAUCUACUUGAACACGCUGUAAACAUACACAGAACAUUGCUUAGUUCUAUACUUUCUCCAUUUUCCUUAAAAACGGCAUUAGAAUUAGCAUUAGGUGGUCCUCAGUAUGUUCAUAAUAACUUGGGGACAAAACUUGGACAUUACAUUGAUCAUGUUAUUGUAAUGAGAAAAGGAGGAUAUCCUAUUGCAAUUAAUACUAUUAAUACAUCUAAUGCAACUAACAUGACGUACAUUGAAGAUAUACAAACUCCAAACGAAAGUCAGAUGAUACUUAUCUUCAAUUUACCUGAAGCUGCGUAUGCUAUGAAUUCUCAAAGACUAAAAAGUACAUGGUCGUUAAAAAUAAAAUCCGUUGAAGCAUUAAUGAAAACAAAUGCAAUUGCGAUAAAUUCUAGUUCUUGGAUGAAAUUACCAGAAUACGAAAGACUUCCAUAUCUAAUGCGAGCUAUAAGAUUAAAAUGUGAAGAUAACUCAUUUUCUUAACGAAAUAAAAUAUAUUUUAUGAUCGACAA